AUGAUGAGGUAUCAAUUAGAGGUGAUAAGAGCAAUCGUGGAGGUUAGAUGGUGGGAUAAGGGUGGUGAUUGUUGUGUUGGUUGUUAUGAUGGCAAUGACGAGAUAGUGCUGAUGGUGGCAGUCAUGGCUAUUACUCUAGAGACAAUAGGGGUGAUGGGCAAUUGGGGUGCAAAAUGGAUUGAGAUCAAAAUAUCUGAGGGGAAGAGGAAAUGUGACCUUAGGAAGAAGCUCUACAAGGCUGGCACCUCUCUUUCUCCCGAGGUUGGUAUGUCGGGGAGACCAAAAGAGCUACUAGGUCCCACUCAAAGCCUUAUUGCUAACAAUGUAGAGAUCUGA